AUGAGCCGCUGCGACCCCCCAACAACGACCAUUCCGCCGAUGAAAGACCUCACCACCGAAAGCAUUACGGAAAAUGUACACAUCGUCAACUCACAAUGUCAAGAUCGACGAACACGAUAUCUAUUCGAACGAAUCGUCACCCACCUUCACGAAUUCUGCCGUGAAACACGUCUAUCCACAGACGAAUGGCAGGCGGGAAUUCAAUUCCUCACGGAAAUCGGACAGAUUAGCGAUGAUUUCCGCCACGAGAUGAUUCUACUUUCUGAUACCUUGGGAUUAAGCCUGUUAGUUGAUUCAAUUAAUCAUCCUCGCCACCCGCCUGCGACCGAAGGGACAGUUUUGGGCCCAUUCCAUACACAUGAUGCACCGGAAAAAGAUAACGGCGCAGUUUUACACAAUGAUCCCGACGCAACGCCACUGUUGGUUGUGUGUUCGAUCAAGGAUACGGCGGGGAAUCCUAUUUCCGACGUGAGGAUCGAUGUCUGGGAAGGGGAUUCAAAGGGCUUUUAUGAUGUUCAGGAUCCCAAUCGAACCGGUCCUGAUGGACGUGGUGUUUUGCAUUCCGACUCGGAAGGACAUUUCUUCUUUAAUGCUAUUGUACCUGUUCCCUAUCCUAUCCCGAUGGACGGGCCUGUCGGAAAGAUGCUUCAGCUACUGGGUCGGCAUCCUAAUCGGCCGGGGCAUGUUCAUUUCAUGCUGAACAAGCCCGGAUACGACCUUCUAAUAACGUGA